AUGCACUUUUCCAUGGAGGAGAUCCUUCGAGAAUCUUCGAUCAAAAUAACACCGCCUUCUCGAAAACGAGUUCACGAACCGUCUCCAGAAUCCUCGUCUACAAGUGACCACAAACAAAGUCCUAGCGUUUCUGACAGCCGGGCCAACUCUGCCACUCCUGAUCUCAAUGUAAAACGGCAAAAACUAGACGAAACGGCGCCAAACUGGAACGAUAAGGACGAAACUGUACAGAGCUGGACAAAAAAAGACGAAACAGUACCAGACUGGACCAAAAAAGGCCAAAAACAGGCUAGCCAAUCCCCAGCUCCAGAUUCCUCGGCCAAAGACCUGAGUUUGGAGAGGCCAAGCACUUCAUCUUCCUUGGGAUCAGAUGACGACGACGAUGGGUAAGUGAGACAAUAUUAACGUAAGGGCUAUUAAGUCUUCGAUUGGAGGAGCGACAAGUGGAAACACGUAUUUAUGUGUUUUCAAAGUUUUGGGUAACAUUCAAACAGUCUCUCUUCAAAAAUAAUAUUAUUUUAGGUAUGAAAUUAAUAGAAAUGAUUUAAAAAUACGAAAAAUUUGUUAAAACAUACCUAAAACAUUAUUAUUUAGUCAAAACAUGAAUAAAAACAUUUAAAAAAUAGAAAAUUAGUCUAAAACAACAUUAUUUUAGAUAAAAAAUCAUUAAUAUCAGUAUGAGAUAUAGGAAAAUAAAUAAAACGUGAAGAAAUGUCCAAAAUUUACCUGAAAAUAUUAUUUUAGAAGUAAAAGCAACUCUGCGAUGAGAUCAAAGUCCCGGCAUCAGAAGCCAGCCAUGAGUUACAUCGCCUUGAUCACCAUGGCUAUCAUGAAUGCUCCGGACAAGAAGAUGACGUUGUCACAGAUCUGUGAAUUCAUAAUGAACAAAUUCGAGUAUUACCGAGAGAAGUUUCCCCACUGGCAGAACUCGAUCAGACACAACCUUUCGCUGAACGACUGCUUCGUGAAGAUGCCUCGAGAACCUGGGAAUCCAGGCAAAGGAAACUACUGGACGUUGGACCCCAACGCUCAGGACAUGUUUGACAACGGCAGUUUCUUGAGGAGGAGGAAACGGUAAGUAGAAACUAUUCAGCUUUUUAAAAUGUUGUUUUCGACAAUUGAAUAUUUUAUGUUAAUCAUUCUGUGUAACAUCCAAAAGAAAGUUUAUAUAAUGUUGUCACAUCUUUUUAUAACUUACUUUACUUUUGAAAAUAACUUAUUGUAUUUUAGAUUCAAACGGGAGCCAAUCCAGCCCAGUCUAAUGGGAUUCCCCUUUGGUCCCUCUCCAUUUUUCUCCCCCGCCCUUCAAAUGCCUCCCUUCGCUCUACCCCCGCCGAACCCAGCGGCAAUGAUGUUGGACCAACAAAUGAGGGUAGCUAUGUCAGCAAUGCAAUCUCAGAUGGCAGGUUAUCCCUACCCAAACCUGCUUAUGAACCCUGACUUCCAAUCCCAGCUCCAGUCUAAUCAGAAGGCCUUAUCGAUGAUGGCCAGUGCUCUGAAUCAGAAGGAGGCGGCUUCUCCAUCACCUAGCAAAUGA